UUUGCGUUCCACAUCUCCUCCAAAUUUCGCGCAUAUCCAGACGUCCGCUGCCUUCAAUUUCUCCAUUUAACCUAUUCCACAGCCACUGCCGAUUCAAAUUCCUUUACAGUUACGUAUCUCAUAAACUCAUGUUCCUUCUCCCCUGCCUCUGCUUUAUCUAUUUCAAAACACGUUACCUUCCAUUCUCCUGAAAAACCAGAUUCCGUCAUCUCCUUCUUCAAGAAUCAAGCUUUUUUCAAUGCUGAUAUCUCCUUCAUUGUUCGGAAACUCCCUAGGCUUCUGUUAUCUGAUCCCAACAAAACCCUUUUGCCCAAACUCGAGUUUCUUUACUCCAGAGGUGCUUCGACUUCCAAAUUCGAGGACGUCUUCUUCCUACUUUUGAUUUUUUACUUUGUUGUAGCUGUUUAUUGUAAACAAUCAUUGAACAAAUCGACAUGGGCACGGAAGCUUGGAGUCUAUAAGAGUUGGGGUUUGUCUGAAGAACAAAUUCUUGCUGGAUUUAGGUGUCAUCCAUGGUGUCUGAAAAUAUCAGAGGAAAAAAUUGCUUCGGGAAUGGAUUUCUUUGUUAAUAACUUAGGCUGGGAAGCUACAGCUGUUAUCAAAAGGCCUGAUGUGCUUUCACUUAGUUUAAAAAAUACAAUAAUUCCAAGAGCUUCAGUUCUGCUGUGUCUGUUUCAGAAUGGUUUGAUUAGGAAAAAAUUCAUGUUGGUAAGCCCAUAUAGGUAUACUGAAAGUCGGUUCUUGGGGAAGUAUUUUCAUCCUCAUCUGAAAAAGGUACCUCGGCUAUCAAAGUCGUAUCAUGCAAAUGUGCAUGAUGGGAUUAAUUGAUCAUAAAUUUUGAAGCAUUCUCUUUAUGUGGUGAGUUCCAAGUGGAGCUUUUUAGUAAGAUUGCUCAUUGCAUUUAUUUUGCUACGUUAAACCAUAUGCAAUGCCCUGAAUAUCUGGAGGGAAACUUCACUCAAAUUUUAUGAUAGUUUUUUGCUGCGGAGACUGGCCCUUGGCCCUUUACUCAACCGUUAGAUUAACGUAAAAGCAUUGCCAAGGUUUUCCCGUGCCUGUUCUUCUAACUUGUUGGUUCGCUGAAGAUUGAAAUAUCACUUAUGUAUCACUCAAAAGCUAUUUAAUGAUUA